GCAGAUGUCCUCAGGUCCGGUGGAGAUUGAGGAUGUGGAUGCUCCCUUGCCUGAAGGCCCUGAUGACCCAUUGGAUGAAGCUGAUGAGGAGGAACUGGAGUCCAGGCCAGGCCCGCGGUCAGCAAAGGCAGACAAGGCCAAACCCAGACCCACCACACUGGCUGUGUUCAAGGAGUUCUUGGAAUACCUCGAGGAGUAUUGGCUGCACCUCAAGGGCUCCUGUGGAACAAAGAAACACGAGGAGAACCAAAAGUCCGGCGGAUCAUGCUUUUCUUGGCGUUCCUCACAGAAGGGCAAACCAUGCUCCAGAACUGGAUGUUCCUCCCCAACAUUCGGAGAAUACACCAAGGUGGCCCGAUUAUCUCCUUAAUGAGGGGAAGGCUGUCACCACAAUAAAAUCCUAUCUGGUCAACACAUCCGAGUUCCUGGCAUACUUCAGGGACACACCGCCCUCAGCAUCCAGGGUCCCGAACGCCUCAUUAGUGGCAGUGGUCAGGGCUAUUUCUUCCUCCAUCUCCAAGCUCGGCAGACGUGUAGUGAUCCGCCAGAUUAGGAUCAAGAAGCGCAAAAUGAGCUCCGCUAUCUCCAGGCGGGACCUCCACAGUUGCCAGGUCACGGCAAGGCAGAGAAUCCCCGAAAUUCUUGAUCAGCUGUCCGCGGACCCCAGUCCCGAAAACCGCAGGAGGUUCCACGGGUACGUGAGCGUCUACCUGGCCAGUUUGUAUGGGCACAGGACAGGUGUCCUGAAGAACAUGACUGUGUCAGAGGUGGAUGAGGCCCAGCAGGAGGCAAGAUUGGGGGAUGGCGGUUUCGUUCAUUAA